AUGACUGUUCUCAACACGUACGGGCUGGUGUUUGCCUGCACGUGCGGCGUGAUCCUGGGUGUCGGACUGGGCGCCAAUCUGCUGGUCUUCUCCUUGUUCGCCAAGCACAAAUCGCUGCGUAAGAACCGUCUGGACGUCCUGCUCCUCAGCAUGUCGCUGGCCGACUUCCUCACCCUGCUGCUCCUCCCCUUCACCGUGCACUCGGCCGUCAGCCACUCGUGGCCGCUGGGCGACGUUUCCUGCAAGGUCUACCAGUUCCUGUUGGCCUUCAGCCUGGCGGCCAGCGCCUACUCGCUGUGCGCCGUAUCGGUGGCUCGCGCCAUGAUCGUCACCAACCCCUACCGGCUUCCGGCCGUCGAUCUGGUCGUCCUGAUGUCCGUGCUGGUCUGGGCCCUGAGCUUCCUCAUCAGUCUGCCUCUGCGGAUGUUCGCCACCAAGGAGAGCCUGAGCCCCAGCCCGGUCAGCUUCACCUUCUGCCUGCCCACCAUCCAGGAGCAUCACUACCAAGUGGUGCUGAGCCAGUUUGUGCUCUUCUAUUUGAUCCCCAUGCUGGUCAUCGCCUUCAACUACGUCCGCCUGGCUCUGUUUCUCCACAAGAGUCCGGUCAUGUCGUCGUCUGGCGCCAGGAACACGCGGCGGGCCUCCGUGAUGGUCUUCUUGGCCGCCGCAACCUUCUCGGCGUGUUGGCUGCCGGGCUACGUCCUGGAGCUGUGCGUUUACCUGGGCCUCUACCGCCACGGACGGGCCUGGGAGCUCUUCUACUUCAUCUGCACCGUGCUGCAGUACUUGCACCCGUGCGUCAACCCCGUGCUCUACGUGCUGCUGUCCAAGCGAUACCGCCACGGAAGGGCGGCCCGGCUCUUCGGUCGUCGCCGCAACCGAGUGCGGCCGCAGGUCGUCAGUGUGUCGGCCGACAGUUUUUAG